GCGUGUGAAAGUGCCGGAUAAAACCAGAUCAAAGAUUCGGCUUGAAGUGUUUCUGGACUUGAGUUUCGUUCUGGAAACUUUUCAGAGUUUUAAUGCAUUAUUAAAUUCGUCUAUAGAUCUUUUUAAAGAGUAUUAAGCAGCGUGUAGCCAUUUUACAGCGAGCACAACGUGACUGGUCAGCGCUGAUCCGGCUUCAUCAUGGACUGCCGAGUGCUGUCAAUUCAGAGUCACGUGGUUAGGGGAUACGUUGGAAACAAGUCAGCCACUUUUCCUUUACAGGUACUUGGCUUUGAAGUGGAUUCUAUAAACUCAGUACAGUUCUCUAAUCAUACAGGUUACAAACACUGGAAAGGACAAGUUCUGACUGCUGAUGAGCUGCACGUUCUUUAUGAAGGGAUUAAACUCAACCAAGUCAACCAUUAUGACUAUGUGCUUACAGGUUACUCCAGGGAUGUGUCUUUCUUGGAGAUGGUGGUGGACAUUGUGCAGGAGCUGAAAAGUGCCAACCCCAGGCUUGUAUAUGUAUGUGAUCCAGUCAUGGGAGAUAAUGGAUCAAUGUAUGUUCCAGAAGCCCUGCUGCCUGUGUACAGGGAUAAAGUGGUGCCAGUGUCCGACAUCAUUACGCCCAACCAGUUUGAGGCAGAGCUCCUGACAGGCAGGAAGAUCAAUACAGAAAAAGAUGCAGUUGAGGCAAUGGAUCUGCUGCAUGCUAUGGGUCCUGACACUGUGGUCUUCACCAGCUCAGACCUGCCCUCUCCUCUGGGUGAUCAGUAUCUCGUGGCCCUUGGGAGCCAGAACACAGAGAGAACAGAUGGCAGUAAAGAGAAGCAGCGAAUCCGAAUGGAUAUCCCCAAAGUAGAUGCGGUGUUUGUUGGUACUGGUGAUCUGUUCGCUGCUCUGCUGCUGGCAUGGACACACCACCACCCUAAUGACCUCAAAAAAGCCUGUGAGAAGACUGCUUCUGUGAUGCAACAUGUCAUUAAGAGGACGAUCGCUUAUGCCAAGCAGGUGGCUGGUCCUGACCAGAGACCGAGUCCUGCACAGCUGGAGCUCAGAAUGGUCCAGAGUAAGGCAGACAUAGAGGAUCCUGCAAUAACGGUUGAUGCUGUGAUACUCUAGGGUUCCACCUCCAAGCUCAUCCACACUGCCCUAGAGCGUUCACCCUCAAAAACAAUCUCGCUUCAGAGGACACAACCACAUUAUUGUGUAGAGCAGGAAAGAGCUGUGAAUGAAUGAAUGACUAAAAUGCACGUCAAAUCAGCGGUCAUUCAACUAUUAACCAGAUACUAACACCGUGUUUGUGUUGGACUUCAGUACUGUACAAGGAUGAAGCUGUGCUAUUAUUAAUAUUCUAAUAUAAUAAUGUGAGUGAAAGGAAGUCCUGAUCAGGAAUUGCUGUAACCACCUGAUCAUUUUAUGCUGCUAAAAUGAAGGAUUUUAAUUUCAAUAGCGCCACAUUAUUAGCACACAUCUACAAUAUAUUCACAAUCUAGCUUCAUUAUAAACUAGACAACAGUUUGGCCUCAUUUCCUGAAAGGAAGGCAUGAUGUGUUUAUAUUGAUAAAACACCUGCACACAUUGUCAUCUCAUGAUCAUUAUACAGGUCCUUCUCAAAAAAUUAGCAUAUUGUGAUAAAGUUCAAUAUUUUCCAUCAGUUAUUUAAGAAAGUGAAAAUGUUAUAUAUUAUAGACUCAUUACACAUAAACUAAAAUGUUUCAAGCAUUUUUCUAUUUUAAUUUUAAUCAGUAUGGCAUACAGUACAAAAACAAAAAAAAAAACAUCUCAAAAUAUUAGAAUAUUUCAUUUCGAGUUUGAGUAAAACAGUAUGAACACAGUGUAUCUCUCGAGCUAGUUCAGUACACACAACCACAAUCAUGGGGAAGACUGCUGACUUGACUGUUGUCCAGAAGAUGAUCACUGAUGCCCUCCACAAGGAGGGUAAGCCACAAAAGGUCAUUGCUGAAAAGGGUGGCUGGAAAAGGUGCGCAAGCAACAGGGAUGGCUGCAGUCUUGAGAGGAUUGUCAAGAAAAGUUGAUUCAAGAACUUGGGAGAGCUUCACAAGGAGUGGACUGAGGCUGGUGUCAGUGUAUCAAGACCCAUCACGAACAGACAUCUUCAAGAAAGGGGAUACAACUUUCGCAUUCCUAAUAUCAAGCUACUCCUGAGCCAGAGACAAUGUCAGAAGUGUCUUAUCUGGGCUAAGGAGAGAAAGAAAUGGACUGUUGCUCAGUGGUCCAAAGUCCUCUUUUCAGAUGAAAGUACAUUUUGCAUUUACUUUGGAAAUCACGGUUCUAGAGUCUGGAGGAAGAGUGGAGAGCCACAGAAUCCAAGGUGUUUGAAGCCCAGUGUGAAGUUUCCACAGUCUGUGAUGAUUUGGGGUGCCAUGUCAUCUGCUGGUGUUAGUCCACUGUGUUUUAUCAAAGGCAGGGUCAAUGCAGCUAGCUAUCAGGAGAUUUUGGAGCACUUCAUGCUUCCAUCUGCUGAAAAGCUUUACGGAGAUGAAGAUUUCAUUUUUCAGCACGACCUGGCACCUGCUCACAGUGCCAAAACCACUGGUAAAUGGUUUACUGACCAUGGUAUUACUGUGCUCAAUUGGCCUGCCAACUCUCCUGAUCUCAACCCUAUAGAGAAUCUGUGGGGUAUUGUGAAGAGGAAGUUGAGAGACACCAGACCCAACACUGUGGAUGAGCUUAAGGCCGCUAUCGAAGCAUCCUGGGCCUCCAUAACACCUCAGCAGUGCCACAGGCUGAUCGCCUCCAUGCCACGUCGCAUUGAAGCAGUCAUUUCUGCCAAAGGAUUCCUGACCAAGUAUUGAGUGCAUAACUGAACAUAAUUAUUUGAAGGUUGACUUUUUUUGUAUUAAAAACACUUUUUUUAUUGGUCAGAUGAAAUAUGCUAAUUUUUUGAGAUAGGGAUUUUUGGUUUUCCUUUACUUUUUUGCCAAAAUCAUCAAUAUUAAAACAAUAAAAGGCUUGAACUACUUCAGUUGUGUGUAAUGAAUCUAAAAUAUAUUAAAGUCUAAUGUUUAUGAGUACAUUACAGAAAAUAAUGAACUUCAUCACAAUAUGCUAAUUUUUUGAGAAGGACCUGUAGUUUAAUCAUUAGCAAAAUAUAUCAAGGGACUUGGUUUAUCAAACUAUUCAGUAACAAAACUGGAUUAAGGAAAUGAUAGUUCAUGUUUUUUGGGGGGAAAAAACCUAACUUGAUUUUUAGUGAGGACCAGUAUUCAGAGAGCCAGUACUAUCUUUCAUCCUAUGUGUUAAAUGUUGCACUUCUACUGUGUAAGAUUGGUACGUGCAAGCUUCACUAUCACACACUACAUGAUUGAUUUUCAAAAAAUAGUUUGGGAGAUUAUUCCCAUUUAUAGAAUCUGGUUUCCACUGUUCUUUCCUCAUAAAUGUGGAAUUUAGUCCACAAUUUAGUAAUAUCAUGUAAUUCACUUUCACAUCUCUCUCAUUUUUAUUUUUAAUGUUCAUCAAAUUCAUAGCUUCAUUGAGAUUACAUAUGUAGUAAUCAGAUGUAAAUGUCACUGUACCUUGGGACCUGAAAAUGCUGCAGUAUAUUAAAGUAGAAGAAUUAAAUGAUGACGUACCUUUUGCACAAGCUAUAACUGUCCAAUUUACAAUACAGCAGUAAACAUGGUCAAUAAACUAUUUUUUAGCUAUUUAA